AGGGAGUGUAAUUCGCAAAUGACUAAUAAAGGAAAGGUUAAUAAAAGUAAAAGAAAGAGAGGAAAGAAGUUCAGAUUUUUUGUAGAAAAUGUUAAGGCAGAUGCUAAAGGUGAGCAAGAGAACCCAUUUGAGAAUCACUUCAGAAACAAAGCACACAAAAAGGCUCAAGAUGUUAGAAUCGAACUAGUCCAAGAGUACAAGAAUCGUGGUAAAACAGGAGGCAUCAACGAUAGAAGACUUAUUGGAGACAAAGGCGGCGGUGAAAUGGAAAGAUUCGCCAUUGAAAGAAGCAGAAACAAGAGAAAAAUGAGAUUCGAGCUAGACUCAGAUGAAGAAGACUUACAGAAAAUCCAGCUUACUCAUGGAGGAAAGGCUCUUGAUGAAACCUUCGACUUCAGAGAUGAUAAAGAUCUCAAGAAUAGAGAUAAUGGGGAGGAUAGAUACAAGCUUGACGACAAAAUUGUUAAAAAUUUCCACUUUGGAGGCAAUACCAUUGAUAAAGAUGACAAUGAAGACGACUUCUUCAAGGUCAAAAAGACCAAAGAAGAGGUGUUCAAGGAAAUAGUUACUAAAUCCAAAAUCUUCAAAGCAGCUAAAGCCGAACUCCGUGAUCAGAACGAGGAGCUCAUUGACAAGCUUGAUGAUGACUUCGGUGACAUCUUCCCUCUUCUUGAGACAAAGGCGAAAAUGAUUAAAGAGGGCAAACCACGACCAAAGGAAGGAGAGAAAGUCAGUCUCUUGGAGGUUUCCAAAAAGCAAAAUGAUAAGGAAAUUCAGAAGAAGAGUGAUAUGAGGAAACGUGACCAAAAGCACAUCAGGAAAGCAGAUAUGAACACUGAUUAUAACUAUGAUAGUCUUGCUGUCACUCUUAGAGACUCUAAGAAAGCUAGACCAAACCGCCCAGUGCAGACUGUAAAGGAGAAAGCUUUAGAUAGAAAAUCUGAAUUAGAAAAACUGCAAAAGAAAAUGGAAGAGAACGAUAAAAAUGUUAAUAGACUUGAAAAUAUCGACGAAGUUGAGGAUAGAGAAGACUUUAACGACCCAGAGAAGAUGAAUAAUGCUCUUGUAGACCUGAUUGAGAAUGAAUACAACGAUAAAACCCAUCAGAAACCAGAUGAAUUUGAAGCGAUUGAGGAACACUCAUCUGACUCAGAUUAAAUAUCAUUUCAACA